UACGUGAUCUUUUUUCCUCUUAUAUAUUGUUUUCUCAUUUCUAUGUAAAGCACUUUGAAUGACCUUAGUGUAUGAAAUGUGCUAUACAAAUAAACUUGCCUUGCCUUGUCUAUAGCCCUCUCUGAAUCUGUUGGCUCUCCCGAGGAUACGGUAUCUGUCAUAACAGCGGAGUAGGGGGAGUCAUUUUCGUACACCAACUUGGAUCCGCUUCCUCCUUUGGGGUAGGGUUACGGAGCCCGUGCUCGACCCUGAGAUGGGAGUCAUGCUUGCUCAGGCGGCAGCAGAGGUCGGCUUGGAAUGGACACAACCUCCACCACCCAAAUUAUCCCUCCUCGCCAACUGGUACUUCGAGUGUGCCAGAACAGUGAAGUCCCAACCACCUGUACCAUUCUUUCCCGAGGUGCAUGACAAGUUGACACGGUAGUGGAAAACUCUGUUUUCCUGACCGAAAUUGCUCUAUCAGAUGUCACCCCUCACAUCUCUUGACACCAGGGCCGCUAAGAGUUACGCCAGUAUUCUGACAGUGGAGCGACCAGUGUUUCCACCUGGAGGGACUGGCCAACCCUUCCCUCAUGGGCAUGUCGGUAUUCCCCCAACCUGAUGUCUGAGUGUAGUUACCCUGCUUGUGGGGAGUUGGCCUCUGCUGUGCACGCUAUGGGGUUGCUUCAAGUUCACCAGGCCAAAGGUCACCGCAAAAGCCAUUGGACAUGCGAUGUCCAUCCUGGUGGUCCAGGAAUGCCAUCGCUGGCUGUGCCUGGCCGACAUGCGGGAGCAGGACAAGAUACAACUCCUAGAAGCUCCGGUGUCCCAGCCUGUUCCACGAGACAUUCGAGAACCUCACACAGCAGUUCUCGACCAUAAAAAAACAGACUGAGGCGAUCACACAGAUCUGUCGGCAGCAGUCCACUCCACCUGCUUAGCUUGCUACCCGAGGUGGAAAACACAAGAUCAAGCAGCUCUGAGACAGGCGACCUGGAAAUGGAGGGCAGGGUUGGGAAUCCUUGGUUUUCAUUAAUUACAUUUAAAACACAAAAUGAAAGAAUUAAACCUACAGGUCUUCAGAGUAACACAGGAGCUAUGGUCGGGAUCACAACCCUACAUCCUCCCCCUUUCUCUAUCGCCAGCAGGUGUGUUGAAGUGGCCGGGACCCUCACAAUGGAGUCUCUCCAGCUCAGCCACCCAUCUGCGGAGCCCAGUGAGUGUUACAUCACACAACACUUCUGUCUGUGUGCCCAGAGAGAGCACAUCAGUGAUCACUUCCACUCAGCUCACUGCGGGUGCUCCAAUCGUGCUAUUAAUUCCUCUCGUUCAAUAUGUGGGGGUUGGAAAGAGUUCCCCAACCCAUCACAUUGGCUCCUACGCACAAUUCAUCUUGGCCAUGCCAUUCAAUUUGCUUGGUGUCCCCCCAAAUUUGCGGGCAAAACCACAGAUGCACACAUACUUUGUGCAGAGAUUGCUGUUUUACUGGCAAAGAACGAGAUCAAGCCAUCCCUUCAGCCGAGAUGAGGUCAGGGUUUUACUGCCUUUACUUCAUUGUACCCAAGAAAAGCACCAGGUUGGGACCAAUCAUGUGCCACUUUUAUUAACAAACAGCUUGAUUAACAUCUAAAAAAUGGCACUUACUUUUUGAAAUGGAUUUUAAAUUUUCACAGCAUAAACAAACUAAAGUCUAAAAUCAGUGGAUUACUUGAAAGUGAUGAAAGUUUCCUUCAUAUUUGAACACUACAAUGAUAUUUUUUAUAAUGUUGCACAGGGGGUCAUUACUGCACUCAAAGCUGGAGAAUCAUUAAAAAGAUCUGACUCAGAAAAAUGAUUUGUUGACAGACUACUUCACAAAAGACAAAAAGAGAUAAGAGAUGGUACAGAAAUGAGGUACAAUAACACACAACUAACCUUGAUAUAUUUGUAGCUAAACUUAGGUUCUCAAAAAAAUUGCUGCAGGAAGAUUGUGCAGGAAAAUCAUUAUUUUGUAGUUCAGCUUCAAUUGGUCUUUAGGUGGUUCCCAUUGGUGUUUCUUGCAUAAAGUAGCAUGAGUGUAAAAAGCAAACUCGUAUAAUGAGGCUGAUCCCAAAUGGAUUUUCAAAACACGAUAAAAGGCAAAUCAUUUCCUGUUCUGCCACAAAGGCUCCUGCUCUACCUUCACAUGGGCAUGGCAAAGAAGACAGGGUCACUCCUGCUACUGCUGCUAUAUGGUGCUUGCAUUCCAAUCACAGCAGAAGUCUGCAAAAUGCUUAGCCAGCCAUUACCCCCAAUUCUUUCUGCAGAAAGAGAAAUCAACAUUGGGGGGAUUUUCUCAAUUCAUAAAAAUGUUGUGGCAAAGAUUCAUCCUUUUACUUCCAAACCAGAACCAGUUACAUGUUUCAGCUUUAACUUUCGUGAGUUUAAAUUAGCUCAGACACUGAUUUUUGCCAUAGAAGAGAUAAACAACAGCACACAGCUGUUGCCUGGUGUCAAAUUGGGCUAUAAAAUAUAUAAUUCAUGUGCGUCAAUAAAUCAGGCUAUCCUGUCAUGCCUGGCUUUGUUAAAUGGCUUUAAAGAGAUUUUGCAAAAUGAGUCCUGUUCUAGACCACCAUUUGUUCAAGCCAUUGUUGGAGAGACAAGCUCCUCUCCCACCAUUGCCAUCGCCUCUUUACUAAGCCCUUUCAGUUUCCCUGUGAUCAGUCAUUUUGCCUCAUGUGCCUGCUUGAGUGACAGAAAAAGGUUUUCAUCCUUUUUCAGAACGAUGGCCAGUGAUAAUUAUCAAAGCAUUGCAAUGGCUCAGCUUGUCAAGCACUUUGGCUGGACUUGGGUUGGAACGGUCAACAGUCGCAAUGAUUAUGGUACCUAUGGAAUGGACGUAUUUUUAAAGACAGCACACGAAUUGGGAAUUUGUGUUGAAUAUUCAGAGACAGUAUUAAAAACCGAUACACAAGAACAGCUACUAAAAACACUGGAAGUGGUUAAAAAAGGAACAGCCAAGGUGGUGGUGCUUUUUAUAUCAAACGUAGAUUUCCUCCCAUUCAAAAAAUUGAUUGUGCAACACAACAUUACUGGGAUCCAGUGGAUCGGUACUGAAUCCUGGAUCAGUUCUCAAACUAUUCAGGAUACAAAGGAAAACAGUUUCUUCACGGGAGCCGUGGGCUUUGCCGUACAGAACAUGAAGCUCGACGGCCUGCAAGAGUUUCUUUUGACUGUGCACCCUAAUCAAGAACCAAAAAAUGAUAUUUUGAAAGAUUUCUGGGAAGCAACCUUUCAGUGCUCUUUCAGAAACACAGGAGGUAGCACAAGUAGCUGUACUGGCUCAGAACGCUUAACAGAAGUGCACAAUGAAUAUACUGAUGCAUUCGAGAUGCGCAUGUCAAAUAAAGUGUACACGGCAACUUAUGCUAUUGCACAUGCACUGCAUAGUUUGAUAAAUGAUCUUAAAUUCUCCACCAACAGCAGCAAAGUAGAGGUGCCCACACCAAGAAAGGUGCUGGAGUAUAUGAGAGAUGUCAGUUUCACUGCCAAAACAGGUGAGAAAAUAUUUUUUUCGAAUGGUGAUCCUGUGGCGAAAUAUGAUCUGCUCAACUGGCAGCCAACUGAAGAUGGAGGUAUGCAGUAUAAACUGGUUGGUUCGUAUGACCACUCACUGCCUCCAGAGCAACGUCUUAAAGUUAAUCAGGAACUUAUGGUAUGGGCUGAGAACAGCAGGCAGCUGCCGGUGUCUGUGUGCAGUGCGAGUUGUCCUCCAGGCACUAGGAAGGCUGUACAGAAAGGAAAACCUAUCUGCUGUUAUGACUGCAUACAAUGUCCACCAGGAGAGAUCAGUAACAGCACAGAUUCUAGCGACUGCUUUCCUUGUGAUUUGGAGUAUUGGUCGAAUGAAAGCAACGACGAAUGUGUUUUAAAAAUUAUUGAAUUCCUUUCCUAUUCAGAAAUCAUGGGGAUUGUGCUUUCUCUUUGUUCUCUCAUUGGAGCAUUAGUUACAUCAAUUGUAUCUUUGGUGUUUUAUCUUCAUAAACAAACACCUAUUGUAAGAGCCAACAAUUCAGAGCUGAGCUUCCUGUUGCUCUUCUCAUUGACUCUGUGUUUUCUCUGUUCACUUACUUUCAUUGGUCGGCCCACUGAGUGGUCCUGUAUGUUGCGUCACACGGCGUUUGGGAUCACGUUUGUCCUCUGUAUCUCCUGUGUUUUGGGGAAAACAAUAGUAGUGUUAAUGGCAUUCAAGGCCACACUUCCAGGAAAUAAUGUUAUGAAAUGGUUUGGGCCUCCUCAACAAAGACUAAGUGUUGUUAUCCUUACAUUAAUACAGGUCCUAAUUUGUGUGCUUUGGUUAACAAUAUCACCUCCUUUCCCAUAUAAGAACAUGCGUUAUUACAAAGAUAAGAUCAUUCUAGAAUGUAAUUUAGGUUCAGCUGUUGGUUUCUGGGCUGUUCUUGCUUAUAUAGGCUUGCUUUCAGUCGUGUGUUUUAUUUUAGCUUUUCUGGCUCGUAAGCUCCCUGAUAACUUCAAUGAAGCUAAAUUCAUCACAUUUAGUAUGUUCAUAUUCUGUGCUGUAUGGGUUGAAUUUUUUCUAGCUUACGUCAGUACACCUGGAAAAUUUACUCUAGCCUUGGAGAUAUUUGCUAUUUUAGCUUCAAGUUUUGCUUUACUAUUUUGCAUAUUUGCCCCAAAAUGCUACAUCAUUUUGUUAAAACCAGAGGAAAAUACAAAAAAACAUAUGAUUGGAAAUAGUAAUUCUAAGAAACUCAAGGAUAAAAAUUAUUGGACAACAAUGUGAUGUAGUAAAGUAAACAACAAUUGACAACCAAACUAAAAAAAACAUUGCCAUGGAAUAAAAAGCAGGCAAGCACAAAUAUAUGAAGAGUUUGACAAAUUUUGGUAAAACGUGUUUUCUAUACCAAGAAAGUGACAAGAUGAAAACCACUUUUUCGGUUAAAAACUUUCACAUAGCAUCUUAAGGUUAUAAUAACAUAAAAACUUAAAAUUAGUGCUGGAAAAAGCCUUAUCGCGAUUAAUCGCGAUUAACCGCAUACAAAAUAAAAGUGAUUUUUUUUGCAUAAUAUAUGAGUGUGUGCUGUGUGUAAUUAUUAUGUAUAUAUAAAUAGACAUUAGAUGCAUGGGAGACUUGAGAACUAAAAACUUAACCUGCCAGAAGAUGGGGAGAACAAGUUCCAGAGAAUGCCAUGGCUAGCCCAAACACUUCAGCUCACACUUCAAUCAGUCAUAUAAAAAGCAAUAAAACUAGUGCACGGUGUGAGGAAAUCAUCAGCGGCUAUUGAAGAACUGAUCAAAAGAUGUAGCAAAGCUCUGGUCCGGGAUUUUAGCACACGUUGAAACAGCACGUUUUAUA